AUGGCGCCGCGCGGGAGCGCGCGAAGUGCCGAGGAAGGCGCGCGCGCGGACGUCCCUUCGCCCGAUGAGACCGCCGAAUCUUCGGUCGACUCGUCGUCGCCGCACGCGCGCGCGCGUAUCGCGCCCGCGCCCGCGCGCGCGCCGCACCCGCGCCCGCGAUGCGAGCGUAACGGUACCGCGGAAGCGGCCUCCGUCGCGCGGGCGUCGAAAAGCGCGACGACGCCCCCUCCCGCGCCCGCGCCCGCGCCCGGCGCGUCGUCCAAGGCGGCGUGGAUCCCCGCGCCGUCGCCGUCGCCGCUGCCGCCGAAGAAGAAACUCCUUCCGUCCCCCGUCUCCGUGAACACCGCGGAAGCGCUCGCGGAGAGCGCCGGCGGCGACGACGACGACGACGCCGAGCGUGACGACGCCGCGUCCGCGCCAGCUGUGCGCGCCUCGGACGCCGACGCCGCGGCGGCGGCGGCGGCGGCGGCGUCCGAGGCGGCGGCGGCGACGAUCGCCGCCGCGGCGGCGAUCGGCGCGCCUCCCUCCGCGGCGGCCGCCGCGGCCGUCAUCGCCGCGGCGUCGCGCAUCGCGCAGAGCCCCUCCCCCGGCGCGGCGUCGGCGUCGGCGUCGGACCCGUCGCCGAUGGAUCCGUCCGCGGCGCUCGGGUUCUCUCCGUUUCGACCGCCGACGCCGGGGAACUCCCCGGGCGGCUACCAGCCCUCGCCGAUGAUCGACGACCCGAUCGCGGCGGCGGAGGUGGUGGCGGCGGCGGCGGCGGCGACGAACGCGCGAGGCCAACACGUGUACCCGCACGACAUCCGCGCCGGCGCGUGGAAGCCGCCGUCGCCGAAGGAUUGGUCGCUCGCGAAGCCGUUCCGGCCCGGCGGCGGCGGAGGAGGAGGAGGUACCGCGGGGUACAACCCCGGCGCGCUCGGCGGCGGGACGUUUCUGCAGUUCGCCGCGGGCGCGAUGAAGGCGAAAAGCGGCCUGGGAUACGCCGCGAGCGGCGCGGCCGCCGCCGCGGCCGCCGCCGCGACGGAGCCGCCGCCGGCGACGCACAGCUGUGCGGCGCGCGGCGGCGGCGCCGACGAGAUGAAACCCGAGGACGACGCGAGGGAUCUCGCGCCGGUGGUGGGCGGCGCGGCGAGAGACGCGGACGAGGACACUAUCGCGUGGCGCGCGGCGAAGACGAAGACGAAGACGAAGACGAGCGGCGACACGUCUUCCGCGCCGCUCGAUCUCGAUCCGGCGGCGAUGGACCCCGCCGUCGCCGCCGUCGCGAAAAUUCUCCCGCCCGCGGCGACGCCCAGGAGCCCGGAGCAGCUCGCCGCGGCCGCGGUGGCGUACAACCUCGAGUACGCGCAGGCGAUGCGGGCGUGGUUGGCGCCGCCGGCGCGCGCGUCGACGUCGACCGCGAACGCGUCGGCGACGACGGCGAUGAGCGCGGCCGCGAUGGCGGACUUCCCGCCGCUCGGGUCCGAGCCGCCGCCGCCGACGUCGCUCGCGCCGCUCGCGCCGACGACGACCGAACCCGCGCCGACGCCGACGCCGACGCCGGUCAGCUUCGGCGGCACGACGCCCGCGUCGCCCGCCUCGACGCGCCCGCCGCUCGAGACCCGCCCGCUGGAAGCGCCGCUGCCGCCGCUGUCCAUGACGUUCAUGCACGCGAACGGCGGCGGCGAAGGCGGCGAAGGCGAAGGCGCGGCGUCGCCGCCGCUCCCCGCGCGCGCGCGCCGCCUCCGCGCGGGCGCCGCGAACUCGGACCCGGCGUUUCGCGACGCGCUCUGGCAUGUCGCGGAUAGAGAGGCGAUGAUCAACGGCACGCGGCUCUCGAACACGCUGGACCCGAGCGCGUACGACGGCGCGAGUCUGGACGAUCUCUACGCCGGCGACGGCGACGUUCGGUUCUUCGUGAUCAAAUCCUUCGCCGAGGAGGACGUUCGGAAGAGCGUGAAGCACGGGUGCUGGACAUCGACGUCGCAAGGGAACGCGCGUCUGGACGCGGCGUGGCGCGGCGAGGACGUGUUCACGUUCGAGCCGCACGGCGACGACGAGAACGGCGACGACGAGCGCGAGCGCGAGCGCGAGGGUGAGGGUGAGGGCGAGACCGCCGCCGCCGCCGCCGCCGCCGCCGCCGCGGAUUCCUCCUCGGGCUCGGGCUCGGGCUCGGGCUCGGACCCGGCUUCCGACGCGGAGCCCGCGUCCGACUCGGACGAGCCGUCCGUGCGAUCCGUGGACACGCAGACCCCGGGCCCGCCGCUCCUGGACGACGCGACGCCCGCGACGGCGGAGUCCGCGACGAAGACGACGAUCGCGCCCUGCUCGCGGCCGGGCUCCUCUGGCGCCCCCCCCUCGAAACCGCGCGUGAUCCUGUUCUUCUCCGUCAACUCCAGCGGGCACUUCUGCGGCGUCGCGGAGAUGACGUCCCCCGUCGACGACGACGCCGUCGACGCGACGCUUCUGCCCCCCGCGGCGGCGGCGAGCUGGCCCGGGCGAUUCGCCGUGAAGUGGCACAUCGUGAAGGACGUCCCGAACACGGCGCUGCGGCACAUCCGCGUGUGCGCGGGGGAUAAGAAGCCCGUGCCGAACUCGCGAGACGCGCAGGAGAUCGAGCCCGCGCAGGGCGCGCUGGUGCUGAACAUAUUCCGAGAGUACCGCGGCGGCGGCGUUAACGGCGGCGGCGCGAGGGUGUCAUCGUUGCUCGACGACGUCGGCGGCGACGUCGUCGGCGGGUACGGAGGGUUCCCGUGGGACGCGCGAGGGGCCGCGCGCGCCGCCGCCGCGCGCCGCCGCGCGGGCGGCGGCGGCGGCGGCUGGCGGAACGGCAACGGCGGCGGCGGCGGCGGCAGGUUUUUUCCCGGAGCGCGCGGAGGGUUCCCCGGGUACGCGCACGCGGGAGGAGCCGGCGCGCACGGAUUCAGCGCGCACCACGGGUUCGGCGCGGACUGGCACGCGGACUGGAACGCCGCGAUUGGCGCGAUGGGCGCGAACGGGUGGUACCCGCACGCGCACCCGCACGCGCACGCGCACGCGCACGCGCCGCCGCACGCGCACGUUGUCGCGGCGAUCGGCGGCCACCCGCACCGCGGCGUAGGCGGCGCGUGGUGGGACCCGCGGUACGCUAUGGGGUACGACCCCGUCGCGGCGGCGGCAGCGGCGGCGGGCGCGUCGCCGUAUUUCGCGCCGCCGCCGCAGCCGCAGCCGCAUCUCGUGGGCGCGUGGACGCCGCCGCCCGCCACCGCGAGCGCGUUCGCGCCGCCGUCCGGGCCUGGAGGAUCGCCCGAGGAGCUGGAAGGAGGGACGGAGUGGAAGGAACCCGAGGCCGCGCGCGAGGAGGAGACCGCGGCGGCGGCGGCGGCGGGUUUUUCCCCGGAGCGCCGCGCGGACGAGAAAGAGCGCGACGCUCCGGAUAAGGAGAACGCAGGCGUGCCGCCGCUCGCGACGACGACGGCAACGGUGCCGACGGUGAAGACGCCGCCGCCGCGGUUCCGGUUCGGGGAGACGCGCGCUGAGGCGCCGACGUCGCCGUCCGCGUGA